CAGGAGUGUGAAGAUGGCGGUUAGCCCCGGCCCGCUGGAUGAACUGUUUUUACAGAGAGGGGUGAAUAAAACGGUAGUUUGUCAUCCGACACGGUCUGUAGAGUCAAAGCUGUCGUUCUUGUGUCACAACAACCAUUGGGGUAGGCACGAGGCAGCCGUUAAUUACAUGGUUAUAGUUCCGGGACAAGGGGGUAGCUCGAGCUAAUGUCCAGCUGGGACUUGGUCAAGACGAUUGCUAAAGCAGGUACGCUGUAACUCCUAAUGUUGUUUUCCUCUCAAUCUCUCCGAGCACACACGAAAAUCAAGCGCCGGAAUUGACAGAGAAAAGCAGUAUAUGUGACAUCGUCUUGCCCCAUCACAUUUGAUCUCGUGUGUACUCCUUGUUUAACAAGUUAAAGUGCUGGGGUCUACACAUAACGAGCUCCCCAUGGUUAAACCAUGGACGCAACGACGGCCAGCACCGACUCCAGCACGGAACACGAGCCUGGCAAAACACUUGUUGUCAGUGACUGUGUAACUUUUCAGCCGAAUCACUCGGGAAAAGUGGGCUCGUACUCUGUGCAGACUUUUAAUGGGAGCCAAAUUAUGAACUCCCACAAUUCAGGACGCGCUGCCCCUCUCGAGGGUACGAUAGCGACAAGUGGCAUUGGUAACAGCAGCAGCACUGCGAUAUCUGUCACAGCUGUCAGCAGUGGACCAGUGUUGUCAAAAGGGCUGGUCGGUGCAACAAUAUCCCCCUCGUCAAACAGUGUAAUUCAGACGCCGCUCAUGAACUCUGAGAGUGUUGUUGCUGCAGCUCAAACAGGACCCACUGUAACACUUAUCAGGCCGCCUAUGCAAACCGCAGGGUCGGUUGCAACUUUGAAUGGGAACAAUACUGUGAGCCUCUCUGUUGCUGCCAAUGCAACAGAUCAGAUAGCCAUCGGCAUACAAACUCCGCUCGUAAAUAAUGGUCAGCCGUGCAAUUCCGUGUCUGCAAGCGUAGGUUCGCACAUCAUUAAGGCAGAGCCACCUGCAACGAUGAUACAGUCAGCACCGCAACCUGCUGGCACCCCUGGAGUAGACAGUACUCCCCGGCCCCCUGCCAUGGCUGCUGCAAGUGCUGGCGGGAUCCGAGCCCUGACACCGCACAUGUUGGCUCCAAGGCUCCCACAGACCUCUCUAGGACAGCCAGGUGUGCACAACAUCCAGCUACCCCCAGGGAUGGUGCUCGUGCGCAGCGAGAGCGGACAGCUGCUGAUGAUUCAACAGCAAGCUCUCGCCCAAAUGCAAGCCCAGGCACAGGGAGGCAUGGCCCCUCGGACAGCUGCACUUACAAAUGUGCCUCCUGGCCAGGCUCCUGGAAACGCAGUCAUCAGCAGGCAAGUGCGUCCCAGCACCAUAAUCCGACAAGGCUGUCCCCCUGCGACGCCUCUCACUGCAGCCACCACUCUUCACAGACCUGCUGUCUUACAGAGCUCAGCUGGGGUAACAGUACCAGGAAUAACCCCGAGGGCUGCCGUGACCACAGUAACCUCAGUAACAGUGAGCAAAGAGACGAUGGAGAAUGUGAAAAAAUGUAAGAACUUCUUGUCUACAUUAAUCAAGUUGGCAUCCAGUGGGAAACAGUCCACAGAGACUGCAGCCAGUGUGAGACAACUGGUCAAGGACCUGCUGGAGGGCAAACUGGAAGCUGAAGAAUUCACCAGCAGAUUGUACAAAGAGCUCAACUCCUCACCCCAACCUUACCUUGUGCCUUUCCUGGAGAGAAGCCUCCCAGCCUUGAGGCAACUCACCCCAGACUCAACAGCUUUCAUCCAGCAGAGUCAGCUUCCCCAGCCAGCCUCAGGUCCGGUCUCCUCCAACUCAUCCACUUCCCCCACGGUGGUUCUGAGUAGCCCAGCCCCUCGCCUCACUGCUCCUGUCUGUAGGCCUCAGCUCCUGCCAGCUGUUAACAAACCAGGACAGACCACCUCAAUGCAGCCAAGAACAAUUUUGAGACCUCAGGUACCCUUACCAACAGCCCCCAUGAUGACUCCAAGGAAUCAGGGCCCUGGUCGCAUCAUGUUGGGGCCUCAACAGGUCCAACUUAAAGAGCUGCAGCCAGUUCCACUGAGGCCAGAGGUGCCAGCUGUUUCUAACCAAGGCUCUGCUGUGACUUUGACUCUGGCUCAAAGAAACAAGCUGAAAGAGGCGGGUGGCACUUUCAAAGAUGAUGAUGACAUCAACGAUGUGGCCUCCAUGGCUGGAGUGAAUCUGACGGAGGAGAGUGCUAACAUCCUGGCUACUAAUUCUGGACUAGUUGGCGCAGUGACACAUUCCUGUAAGGAUGAGGCUUUUCUCUCCUGCGCCAUGCUGCAGAGGAGAAUGUUGGAGAUAGGUAAGAGGUAUGGUGUAACUGACCUGGGUGCAGAGGUGGUGAACUACGUCUCCCAUGCUACUCAACAGCGACUUCAGAACCUGCUUGAAAAAGUCUCCCAAGUAGCCCAACAGAGAAACAUCCAUUUUAAGCAGGAGGAUGAGAACUAUGAGCAGAGCAGCGAUGUUCGUACUCAGCUGAAGUUCUUUGAGCAGCUGGACCAGUUGGAGAAACAGCGAAAGGAGGAGCAGGAGAGAGAGAUCCUGCUAAAGGCAGCUAAGUCUCGAGCUCGGCAAGAGGAUCCAGAGCAGUUGCGUCUGAAGCAGAAGGCCAAAGAGAUGCAACAGCAGGAGUUGGCUCAAAUGAGACAACGGGAGGCCAACCUGACUGCUCUGGCAGCCAUCGGCCCCAGGAAGAAGAGGAGGAAUGUGGACUCGCUAUCGUCUUCUGCUUCAGCUGAGGGAUCAGGAACGGGUUCCUCGCUGGCUGGUGGGCCCGGUUCAUCCGGGUCCAGACCCACGAGGCAGCGCAUCACACGCGUCAAUCUCAGGGACCUGCUCUUCAGUUUGGAGAAUGAGAGAUUUACCAGUCACUCCCAUUUCCUCUACAAGGGCUUUCUCAAAUAGGCUUGAUGUCAGAACGGGGUGGAGUAGAAGGGGAAAAGAGGGGGGGUGGGGGGCUCAGCAAAGUGUGUGGAGAGACCAAACGCUCCCACCUCAAAGAGCAUAGGAGACUCCUAAAGAUGAAGAUGAGACGAUUGAUUUGGUACAUUUAAAUGUUUUUCAGAUAAACCUGAAAUCUAAUCGUAGCCAUACUGGAAGGCCUCUCUACCUCCCUCCUCGAGUUAAUGUUUCCUUUCAGAGCAGUUUUUGAUGCCCUUUAUUGACCCGUAUGACUUCAUUUUUUAAGAUGGUGCAAAAAUAGAUCAUUUUUUAGGACGAUUUUUAUGUGUGUGUGUGUGUGUGUUGGACAACUGUGCACUGUAUAGUUUACAGUUUAUUUUUGGAAUAUUUUAUGCACAAUAUGCUUAAAAGCAAUGAAAAUUUGUUUUAUUAGAGCACCAACAAAUUAUUUUGGAAGAAAAAACAGAUUUCAUUCUGUUUUUAGUCGGCAGAAUUACUUUGAACCGUGUGACCUACUGAGUUGCCUUCCUACCUGAAUAAGCCAUACAGCCCAGCCUGCUGUAGACCAGAAAGCGGUAGCUCUCUCUCUGUCAUCGCCAUUACUUGAUUUUUCUUUUCCCACCGUAUUUAUUUACUAAAUUCAACCUUAAAUUAAUGUUUAGUUAUUUAUUUAAUAACGUGACACCUCAGUUAUUUCACAUUACUUAACUUUGAGAUGAAGUGUGCAUUUACCAGCUGUUUGAAAAGAGUUUUAAUAUUCAGAGCAUUUAGACAGUUUUUUGUUUAUCUGUUAAUUUUUUUUCUUUUAAAUUGAUUUCGCAUUUACCCAAACAGGUUUUUGAAGGCUUCCAACCUGUGUUGCUGUACCAAACAUACGUCUACAUUAAAACUCUAUUUUUGUAGCUUCCCAAUACACAUUUUUACUCUUCUAAUGGUGACUGACAACAAUCAUUUAUUUACCUGCUUUUUCUGUAGUGUGCUACUGGACAGCCCUUUAGGUUUGUAGUGUGUCUGGCAUAAGAAACUGGAGUUUCUUCCUGUAUAUUUGUAAAUGUUUCACCUGAAGUUUUACAUAGUUUUUGUAUAGAACUGAGAUUUUACGCAUACUGCAUUAAGGACAUGACAUUUUCUCUACUGAAAAGUUUGAAUAAAUAAUGAUUUUCCAGUAA